UCUUAACUGCAGUGAGGAGAGGUCCUGCGAGUGGAGUUUUCGUGUUAACAUUGCCACUAUGUCGUCGUGAAUUCGUGAUAUCCGUGUAAUAAAUUGUAUGUGAAUUGAAUUGGAUUUAACGUUAAUCACGGCGAGAAAACCGGGACUGGAAUAAAUUGUUCUCUGUACCCGGGAGAUAAGUUUCAGGAUGACACGAGGCAUGCGGAUGUUAGCGACCGCGCUGGUGCUCCAGGCUCUCGCGGGCGCGGGCGUGCGGGCGUACUCGCAGGGCGCCCCCGACACGACGUGCAGCAGCCUGGAGCCGGGGCACAGGGCGAGCAAGCAGACGGGCCCCUCGCCGUACUCCAUCGCCCCGGGGAACGCCGAGGUCGAGCCGGGCAAGAAGAUGCUGGUGACGCUGGAGGCGGCGCAGGACCCCUUCAUGGGGUUCCUGGUGCAGGCCCGCGGCGCCGACAGCCAGGAGGUGGUGGGCACCUUCUUCACCACGGACCACGCCUACCUCACCUGCGGCAAGGGCUUCAACAACGCCGUCACGCACAACUCCCCGACGCCCAAGACCAAGGUGAUGCUCGAGUGGGAGCCUCCCUCUGACUUCGAGGGCGACGUCGUCUUCACGGGAUCCUUCGUGAAGUCAUAUGACACCUUCUGGGCUGGGGUUACAUCAGAGAAAGUGACUGUCACCAAGCGUUCCGUUCCUCAAGACUCUGGCACACCCACUACAGCAAACACAUCCCCUUCCACAACCACCACUACAACUACAACCACAACCACAACCACUACCACAAGCCCAGCUCCUGUAAGCCCAGCUGUAGAUACAGAUCCUGCAGAGAAUGCCGGUGAUGUUGUCAUCAGUGUGGUUGAUGCACCUAGUGUGGCUGUAGUUGAGAAUGACCUCAGUGAAGCUGAUGAUAGUUCUCCUCCUCCUCCUCCCACGUCUAGUUCCUUACCUACAACUUCCCUCUCCACAACUACCAAUAGUCCUAGUAGUUCCAUUAGUGAGAAUGAUAGUCCUAGUACAGAAAGAACCAGAGAAACCCAGGCCCCAGCAGAAGGGAACAGAGAUAAGCCAAAUCGCAGAUUUGGUUUGUUUAACCGCUUCAAGACCACCACGACCACCACAGGAAAGCCAACAACCACCGUCAAAGCCGCCACCACACGUGCUCCUAGGCGACCAAUUGAAGGCCUCUCCAUUAUAUCCCAGAGUCUGCAGCGUUCCAAGGAGGACAUCUACCUCGGCUGUGGCCAGAUAAAGGGCUGCUUUGGCUUCCCGUCCGGCUGCGAAAAUGACCUGAACUGUAAUAUUUUGAUGACUUACACAAGAGUAGCAACAGGAUAUCAGUUUGAGAUCCUUGGAAAGGCCAGUACAACCAGCUAUGUUGCUGCUGCUCUUUCAGAUGAUGAAAAGAUGGGCUCGGACAGUGUGAUGGCCUGUAGAAGUCUCAACGGCGAAGUAGAUGUGCUGAUGGCUUUUAAUAAUGGAAAGAAUAAUGAACUGCUGACUAAUAGUAAAUAUGGACUUAGUGAUGUCAAGACAUUACAGUCUGAUGGAGAACUCUAUUGUUCAUUCAUUCGGCAAACGAUCACAGAAAUUAAAGGAAUAACUUUUGAUCUGUCUUCCGACCGUUACCAUUUGAUGCUGGCGAGAGGCCCAGCUUUCGAGAAUGGAUUACGUUACCACGACAAUCGCUUGGUCUCCUCUGGCACUUCUUCCCUGAGUGAAUUUGAGUCCCUGGAAGCUGCAAGUGAAUUGUUCAAGACUCUGCAUGCCUGUUUCAUGAUUGGUGCUUGGAUAUGUGCAGCUUCAUGUGGCAUCAUCUUGGCUCGCUAUUACAAGCAGACUUGGUUGAGGAGCCGUUGCUGUGGCAUUGAUCAGUGGUUCCAUUUCCACAGAUUUUUCAUGGGACUGACAUGGGGUCUCACAAUCGCUGGAGUCGUACUUAUUGCCUAUUAUCUUAAGGGAUGGACAGAGCUUGAUCCCAAAGUAAACCCACAUGCUAUACUUGGUAUUGUCUCAACUGGUUUGUGUUUCAUUCAACCAUUCAUGGCUCUAUGUCGCUGUGCCCCAACUCACCGAAGGCGUCCCGUCUUCAAUUGGCUUCACUGGUUUGUUGGCAACAGCGCACAGAUCAUUGGUAUUACAGCGAUCUUCUUUGGGCUUGAGUUGGUCAAUGCUCCUUCUUGGACCAUGUUCAUUCUGAUCAUCUUCAUUGCUUUCCACUGCAUCAUGCAUCUUAUUUUGUCGAUUGGACAGUGUGUUAGCGACUCGAAGCAAGAACGUAGGAACAACGUAUUCCCAAUGAAGGAAAUGAACGGCAGUCGAAACCCACUGCACCCUGUGGAGAAAAGGACAGAUGCUCCAGGUGCUACAUUCCGCAAAGCAAUGCUGGCUCUGUACUUCAUUGUAAAUUGGCUGAUCACCGCACUUCUGAUUCUCAUUGUUGUCGUGGGGGAAGACCAGUUGAAGAAAUGGAAUUGGAUUUUCUGGGAGGAUUAGUAAAAUCUGUCCGUUUUGCGAAUUAAAUCAACGUCCAGAUCUUCAGUGUAGUAAAAUUUUUAUUCAUCUUUUCCUGAAUGGUUAACAGACAUGGCUGUAUUAUGGGCUCGCAGUUAGGUUUUAUUUUAAAAGGUUGUAACUAUGUUUGUUUGUUUUCUUCAUUUUUGAGACUGGAAUGAAUUUUCCACAUCUUUUGUAUAUCAGAUUUUAGCAGUCUAGGAGUGAUUAUAUUUAAUAAAAAUGAUGUAAGAGUCAAUAUUUUACUACAGGCAACAAUUUUGUUAUUGUAAAUACAGUCAGCAAGUAACUGUUGAAAAUGCUUUAGUAAUUGUAGGUACUAGGAUAUCUAGAGGAUGUCACUGUAAGAUAUAUAUUUCUCUCAUGCACACACACACACACACACACACACACACACACACACACACACACACACACACCACACACACAACACACACACACACACACACACACACACACACACACACACACACA